AUGCGUCCGCACUCGGCCAUUGACACGAUUGACUUUUCUGUGCCAUUCCGACUCUAUCAGCCGGAAUUGGAUACCCUGUUUUGCCAGAAUCAAGGUUCGGCGUCUUUGGAAGACAUCGCCAGCGAAGACGAUUUCGAGCACGUUCUUCAAGAAACAAGGCAUUUGGCCAUCCCUGGCGAGAAGGAAUACCUGGAUCUAGUAGCCUGGGUACUCACAUUUUACUUUCCGAAAUUGGAGACUCUGUCAGUGGUUGUCGGGGACCCGUCAAAUGGCUCUUGCUUUGGGUCCUACUUCGACGCACCCAAGACACGCUGCAAGCUGCGCCAAAUAUCUGAGGGAGACACACAGAUAUACAACGUUGAUGUAAAAGAUCUUGACGGAAUUAAGGCCUGGGACCCAUCCCACCUGUCGAGAUCCAUGACGGAGUACACACAAGAACUCGAAAAGAUCAUCGAAGAGUGUUUCAACGACAUGGACAGAACGUUACGAAAGGCUCAUCGCUGGUGGAAUCGUGAAUCGAAGACUUUCAGAAGAGUACAAUACUUAACCCAGACAUUUGUCGAGUACGAAGCAGGAAGUAUAUUCUGA